AUGACAUCGCAACUCGGUGCUCUCUCAUUCCAGCCCAAGACAAUAACGGCAACGAAAGAACAACGUCCACCAGAAAUUUGGUGGGCCAACGCCAUCUUUUUCGUUGGGGUUCAUGUCGCUGCACUCGUAGGGGCAUGCUACAAGCCCCCUAGUGCGGUCCCUCGGGCUACUCUAGUCCUAGCAUUUGUUAUGUGGCAGCUCGCAGUGUUUGGGAUCACUAUUGGCUACCAUCGCCUUUAUUCACAUCGGGCUUUCCGCGCAAGCUUGGGCGUAAGGGUGCUCCUCGCAAUCUUGGGAUCGAGCGGCUUUCAAGGUUCUAUCAAGUGGUGGUGCCUUAGACAUCGCCUUCACCAUGUAGACGAUGUGGAGGAUGACCCGUAUGUUUUCCGUGCCGCAAUCAAUUCACGCCCCUCACCAGUCCGCUGCUCCAGGUAUGCGGCGACCAGAGGGCUCCUCUACUCACACGUAGGGUGGAUAUUCUACAAGCCAAAAUACCAGAGGAUAAGCCUUGUUGAUCGAGAAGAUUUGGACAACGAUCCAGUCCCAUGUGCUCUCUUUUUCGGGCUCAUCUGUCCAACUCUAUUGGGUUACUUGUGGAAUGAUGUUUUGGGUGCUUAUAUCUGGGGUGGCCUCGUUGUAAGGAUAGCAGCGCACUGGGAGGGGCUGCAGCCCUAUUCCGAUGAGAAUACAUCAAGAGGGAACCUUAUUUUAGCCUUGCUCACUGGCGGCGAAGGAAAUCAUAACUUUGUGAUCGAAAACAAUGGCGUUUACCUGGGACAACAGCAUGCCUUUCCUCACGAUUAUAGGUCGGGUCCCUCCUCAAUAGAUUGGGAUCCGUCCAAAUGGAUCAUCAAUUCUUUGUAUCGGCUUGGCCUGGUUCGCGGUUUGCGUCGUGCACGACAUGAGGAUAUAAAGGAAGCAAAGCUUUACAUGCACCACAAGAUCCAUCAUCAUGGAUUGUUUGGACAAACGGACAGCGAAGACGGAUGGGAUGGUACUUCAUGGUCCCUGAAGGAUAUCGAUGAGUAUAUCACGAAGAAACCGGGAAGCUGUAUUGUUAUCAUCGACGACUUUGUUGUAGACGCUAGCUCAUACAUGGGUGAACACCCCGGAGGUGCCAUACUCUUACGAAAUUACUCAGUGAAGUCGGCUGCGAAACGAGAAGGGGAACUGACUUGGAAAGAUGCAACGUGGGCCUUCAGAGGCGGACUUAAUAAUCAUUCGAGAGCAGCAAAGAGGCGCAUUCGGGAACUAAGGAUUGCUCGUUUCAUCCAGUAG